UCUAUCAUCCUUGAUCUCUAUCUUUGUAUUCCCGUUGUUUCCUCUACCAUCCGAGUUCACCUGUCCCCAUCUCCAACCAUGGCUUCUCCUCGUAAGCUUCACUGUCCCCAGAUCAGCCCACGUCAGGAUUGAACCGUUGGACAUUACAAAAUUACUUCGCUAUGACUUUGAAAGAAUUUCGUGCUAACGUAUUGUCUCUUCCAUAGAGCAAAUCCGUACUACCCUCACCGAUCUGCUCAAGAUCAACCACCCCGUCCUGCUGGCAGGUAUGAAUGUGGCCGCUGGUCCCAAGUUGGCCGCCGCCGUCACCAAUGCUGGUGGCCUGGGUGUUAUCGGUGGCGUCGGCUACACACCUGAGAUGCUCCGUGAACAGAUCGCAGAGCUGAAGAGCUUCCUGCACGACAAGAACGCACCUUUCGGUGUUGACCUUCUUCUUCCUCAGGUUGGAGGAAGCGCUCGCAAGACGAACUACGACUACACCAAGGGCAAGCUUAACGAGCUGGUUGAUAUCAUCAUUCAGGAAGGCGCCAAGCUCUUCGUAUCCGCUGUCGGUGUGCCUCCCAAGCAAGUCGUGGAAAGACUUCACGCCGCUGGUAUCCUUUACAUGAACAUGAUUGGUCACCCCAAGCAUGUUCAGAAGGCCCUUGAUGCCGGUGCCGACAUCAUCUGCGCUCAGGGUGGUGAGGGUGGUGGUCACACAGGUGAUGUGCCUACCACCAUUCUCAUCCCUACUGUUGCCAAGCUGUGCCAGGGCAAGAAGAGCCCUAUGACUGGCCAGCCCGUGCAGGUUGUUGCUGCUGGUGGUCUGUUCAAUGGCAACUCUCUCGCUGCUGCUCUGAUGCUGGGUGCCUCCGCUGUCUGGAUUGGUACCCGCUUUAUCCUCGCUGAUGAGGCCGGCGCUCCUGUUGCUCACCAGGAGGCCGUGCGCACCGCCGGUUUUGAGGACAACGUUCGCACCAUCAUCUUCACUGGUCGUCCCAUGCGUGUCCGUAACAACGCAUACAUUCAGAACUGGGAGGAGAACCGCCGAGAGGAGAUGAAGGAGCUCACAUCCAAGGGAGUCAUCCCUGUCGAGCACGAUUUCGAGAACCUCGGCGACGAUGUUGAUGACGAGACUCUGGACAACGCUCGCCCGUUCCUGAUGGGUAAGGUUUCCGCUGUGGUUUCGGAGAAGAAGCCCGCCAAGGCUAUCGUCGACGAGAUCGUCUCGGACGCUGCUGCUCUCUUGAAGCAGGGUAACAGGAUGCUUGCCAAGCUGUAGAUUUCUUUUAUUUUCUCGUACAUAGCACACUAUACCUCAUGCCUUUUCGUGUAUGGAUAAGGUCCAGCUCAUAGAAUUGUGGGCGGGAUGAUUGAUUCUGCAUUGACUACCCAAAAUUGGAGCGAUUAUUCUCAAGCCUAUUACCUGAAGCGUAUGGGGUUCUUGAAAAAAAGUAGCGACGACUUUCGAAGGCAAGACGUAAG